AUGAAAAUUACAAGACGAUAUUUGGAGGCGCCAAGUUGUCCUUUUAUUCCAUUUGAUAAAUUAACGAAAGAAGAUUUAACAGCAAGUCGACAAUCUUUUUGGUCUGCACGAGCACAAGCUUUGAUUAGAUCGUCAUUAAGACAACGAACUGAAUAUUUUCCUUUUGGUUACGUGGCCAUGAAAUUUUCAUCUGUUCUUUGUGAAACCGUGUAA